CAGUGCGGCCUGCGGGCAGUGCCAGCCGCCAUGGCCGGGGAGGUGAAGACAAAGCUGUCCAAGAACCUGCUGCGCAUGAAGUUCAUGCAAAGAGGUUUGGAUUCACAAACUAAAAAACAACUAGAAGAGGAAGAAAAGAAGAUAAUUAGUGAAGAACACUGGUAUCUUGAUUUACCAGACCUAAAGGAAAAAGAGAGCUUUAUAAUAGAAGAGAGGAGCUUUAUGCCGUGUGAGGAUCUACUUUAUGGCAGAAUGUCCUUCAAAGGAUUCAAUCCAGAAAUUGAGAAGUUAAUGAUCCAAAUGAACUCUGGGUGCAAGGAGGAAGAAAUUGAAGUGGAUGAUAAAAUGGAGGCUGAUGUGUCAGAUGAAGAAAUGGCCAGAAGAUAUGAAACAUUAGUAGGAACAAUAGGGAAGAAAUUCUUGAGAAAAAGAGACCAGCGUGUACUCCAGGAUGAAGAAGAAGAUGAAGAUGGGAAUAGUAACACAAGACCUAGCAAAAAAGCUAAGAAAAAGUUCUUAAAACCUCAGGAUUAAUGUCAACUGCACAACUGGAGCUAAUAGAAAUGUUAUCUACCAAAUAUAGUACCACAAACUAGACAUUGUUUGGAGUUUUUGCUAUUUAAUGUAAAGGAUAGAUUUGUAAAUCUGAGUCUGUUCUCAUAGAAAUUUCUACCAUCCACAUGACAAACAUUUUUCAAAGUGGAUGUGUAUAUAAUGGAUGUCAUACAUCCUUUCCUCUCUCAGCAGCUUUUAAUGUGUGGGGCACUAAUCCCAUCAGUCUUUUUAAAUGUUGUGCGUAACUAGAUUGAGUGUCACAUGCAAUUGAGAGCAACGUUAUUUACAAUUUAUGGUAGCAUCUGAAAGAAAUUUGGAGUAAAGACAGUAAAGAUGAGCUUUGUCCAAUCCAGUAAGGCAGUUCAGCUUUCACUGCUUUAUUAUGAAAGUGAAAACCUUUGCUGUCUUCAAAUUGAAAAAAGUCAGCAGAAACAUGUAUCUGUUUUUUUACUGUGCUAAAAAUAAGAUGGGAAAAGAACAGAGAGAUAAAAUCCAUUUUGUUGAAUUUUAUUUUUUAUAAAGCUUAUUUAAAAAUAGAGGGGUUUGUAGUAAAACUUUUUUUUUAAUAGAACAAGCCAAAUAUUGGGCAAUGUUUACAGUUUGACACUUGAGCAGAUUGUGAGUCUUAAUUUCUGUCUUCCAAAAGAAGUUUGCUAAUCUUGCUUCUUUUUCAGCAAAAAAAAAAUCCAAUCUUAUAAUUAUCUAGGUCUUGUCGUAAAAGCAUAAUAACGGCUUCAGAAACAUAUUUGAAAGCUGAAUAAAAACUGAUUUUUUUUUUU